UUUUCGAAACAGUCGUUUUCGAGCACAAUGCAUCUCCCUGAGGAUUUGGUAGUGGAAAUACUCUCUAGGGUUCCGGCUGUAUCUUUGGCAAGAUUACGAUCAACAUCCAAGGAAUGGAAUGCUCUGAUCAAAUAUGGGAGACUUGCUAAGAAGCAUUCUGCUUAUGCUCCAAGGCAGUCUUCUCUGGUUAUCAUGUUGAUUAAUUUUAGGGUUUAUAUAGUGAGCAUCAAUCUCCACGGAAUCAACAAUAACAAGGAUGUUCCAUCUGCAAAGCUAACAGGUCAAUUUAGCCUAAAAGAUCCUCUUUCUAACUCUUCAGAAGAAGUUGGUAUAUGUAGCGUCUUUCACUGCAACGGCUUGUUGCUAUGCACCACCAAGGCCAAUAUACUGGUUGUUUUGAAUCCAUGUUCAGGUGAAAAAAUGUGGAUCCAACCCAGAGUAAUUACUUACAAGGAAUUCAACCACUAUGCUCUAGGUUACGAUAACAGAUCCUCCUGUUACAAAAUCUUGAGCGUGGAUCGAUCUGGCUAUCGUUUCCCAUUUCAAACUGAGUACCAAGUCUAUGACUUUACCUCUAAAUCGUGGCGGGUUGUUGGUGAGACUGGAGGCUUGCUCAUACCACGUAUUCAGAGGCUUGGCAUAUCUGUGAAGGGAAAUACUUACUGGCUUGCUAAUAAUGGACAAGGACGUGUUAUCUUACAAUGUUAUGAUUUUUCUACAGAGAGGUUCCAAAGUCUGUCUCUUCCCAAGGAUGCUCCUAGAUGGUAUUCUGAUGUGGCUUUAUGAGUGACUAGAGAAGAGCAACAACUUUGUAUGAUUGCUCUUCGGAUCCCUGAGGUAUGGAUAGCGACUAAGAUGGAGAGUACCGGAGACAUUUCAUGGAGCAAGUUCCUGACAGUAUCGAAAUUCGAUCUCCGCCAUCAUUUGCGGUUUUGUCUUGGGAUGACUUUCUUGGUCGACCAGGAGAACAAAGUUGUAGUGUCUUGUAAUAACUCCGUGUUCUCCGACAACAUUAUACAAUUUUUGGGAAAGGAUAAAUACAUACAUGAGGAUCAACAUGGUGCUAAAUUUCCUACCCCACGUCUCCUCACUUAUGUUCCAGGUUUGGUUCAAAUUCAACAAGGUAUCUAGUAUCUUGGAGGAGGUAGUUUGUGCACUGUUUAUUUAAAAUGAAAAUGGUUCUCUCUUCACAGAAGAAGCAUUCUGAAACCACCAAGCCGCUUCUAGUUUGCAACAUUUUUACUUGAAUGCGAUGGUAAAAACCGAUGGGCCGCAUGAUCAAGCCUCUCCAAUCGGUUAUUAUAAUCCAGUUCAUGUUUAUUUUUUUUUACAUUGAAAUUAAGCUCAUUCUGCAUUUUUUAAACCCAACUCAGUCACUACACAGAUUACAAGUUAUAGUCUAUUUAUUUUCUCUGUUGAUGGGUUUUUUUCUAUAUUGUAAACUUAAAAUACAUGUUUUGUAGCAAUUUCGAGUUAUAACAC